UGUUCCGGGAAAAGGAUGUUCUGUUUUUUGUUGAUAUAAAGUUUUGAGGAUUUACAAGAGUUACAUUCUCUUCUAUAGUUUGUAAAGGCCAUCUUAAAUUCUCUACUCUAGUUUGUUUAAUGCCAUCGGGUGAAUGCUGUUACAGACAGUGUGGCAUGUGCAUGGUGUUUCGUCGCAUUUCAGGUGGGAAAGGGCUGUCUGGAGUGCAUUUGAGAUUGCGUCAUGUGUGGAUCGGUUAGGGCGGUAUGCGAAUUGGAAUGGGUCUAGGGUUUUCGGGAUGAUGGUGUUGAUGUGAGCCAUGACCAGCCUUUCAACAUGAAUAGUGAGGCAAUUUCGAGGUAGCACAGUGCAGUAAUGACCUGAACAGAUCAUACUUGAAGUUCUUAUUUCACAUUGAAGUGAUGAAAAACAUGAUCAGAGACAUCGUCAUUGUGCAGCAUCCUGUUUCUGUGUAUGUACCACUGAACUAUAAGGUGACUCUGAGUGUGAGAGCAGAGGGAACCGGUAUCCUGAACUACCAGUGGUUCAAGUCUAGUAAAGAGGAGGUAUUUGGUGGGACCAGAGCAGAUCUGAUUGUCACAGCCCAGAGGUCUCAGCUCUACAUUUGUCGCGUGAAUGACCAGUUCUGCAACUGUGUGUUCAGUGAAUGGGUCAAAGUAAAGGUCCUGGACAUUGCUAAACCAGGUCUCCCAGUAGCAUGGCGAGGGGAGCCCCAUAUCGCUGUACACCCUGCACCCCAGACUGUCAGACAAGGGGAGAGACUCACCCUCAGCUGCACUGCCUUUGGCAUUCCCACCCCUCACUACCAGUGGUACAGAAAUGGACAUCCUCUGUUGGGCAAGACCACGGACACACUGCAGAUAGAGAAUGCAGAGUCAGACCAUAGAGGAACAUAUCUCUGCUAUGUAUCCAAUGUUCUAGAGGAGAGAUGGACAGAGGCAGCUGAUGUUGAAAUAGUGCCAUCUAAUCAACUCACAGCUACUGACAAAGUGGCCCUGCUUAUUGGUAACCUCAACUACUCCCACCAUCCGGACCUGAUGGCUCCCACUAUGGAUGUCCAUGAGCUGGCCAACCUGCUGCAGCAGCUGGGCUUCAGAGUGGUGUCUCUACUGGAUCUCACCAGGGAGGAGAUGCUGGCGGCCAUUGACAAGUUCCUUCUCCUGCUUGACAGGGGCGUGUAUGCCCUGUUCUACUAUGCUGGUCAUGGGUACGAACGUUUAGGGAGAAACUAUCUGGUGGCCGUAGACGCUCCACAACCAUACCGUCCAGAGAACUGUGUCUGUGUACAGAGGGUCAUGCGCAAGAUGCAGGAGAGACGGACUGUAUUGAAUGUGGUCUUACUAGACACCUGCAGAACAUGGUACAACCAAGAUUGCAUAGCUUCUGAAAUCAGGCCCUUGGUACCAAUGGGAAACACAGUGUAUGGAUAUGCCACAUGUGAAAAUGCAGAGGCUUAUGAGGUACAGGACGGAGGGAAGAGCACCGGAAUCUUCACUAAAUAUCUGAACAAGCACAUCCUGCAGCCAGAGAAAGUCACCCACAUCCUAGAGCUGGUGUCUGAGGAUCUGGGCAGAGACCCUUUCGUCACAGGCAAGCAGGCGGUGGAAAUCAAACACACGCUAAAGGAGCCUCGCUCCCUCACAGAUCCGAUCAGGACCACCGGCCACACUGGAGAACUACACAUGAGAGACGCCUGCUGGAGACAGGCCAACGAGCUACCACGUCAGAAGUUGCUUAUUUUCACCUGUGGAGUUGAGGUGGAGGUCAGCUUCUCUGCCUUGUUCUCCAACGUCAUGGUUGCUUUUGGCACAGUGAAAACCACUGGACCCAGAGCCCAGGACUGCACUAUCGCUCUGAGGAGCACACCUGCAAUGGAGGAUAUAUUCUCUAGUCCUGGGAGGUCAGGUGAAAUGGACUCUCUGUUGCUAAAUAACUUGGUUGCUGAAAACCCUGACUGUAGCCUCAGACUUUGUGGCCUUCAAAAGCUUCAGGGAUCCUUAGUGAUAAAGGUGGACCUACACUAUACCCACAUGGACAGGAAGCUGCGGCUGCAAGAGAGCAAACAGCUGGACAUAGGGAAGCCUCUGGUGGCAUCCUGUGAUCUGCACAGGGGACAGCAAGCAAUGGUUGGCCAGAGACCAGAUGGUGCCACUGCCCAGAGUAUGGGACACAGCCGCAUCUCACACAGCAAGCAGCGCCCACGUCAGACAUUGGGCCAGCCAGGCCGUCCCUUCACUAAGAGGGCAGAGUGUGCUGCCAAAGUCCUCACUGCAAGGAGCAAUGAACCAGGGGAGAAUGAUGAGACUGAGCCUCAAGACUUUACCUCUUGAUUUCCCCUCUCCACGUCUAUGGAAAAAGGAUAGGUUAGUAGUAGUGACUAGUGUAGUCCAUCGGAUAUUUGCUGUUUAGGCUUUAAUCAAUGCACAUAAUAAAAUCAGCAUGAUACAUUCCCUUUCUCUGGUUAAAUUCUAUCAGUUUAAUUGUGGUUAUAAGGUGUGUAUGUACUGUAUACAUGGGUGCAUGUGAGUUUGAGGAGAUGACAUUCUGGAUCAUGUUCCUCUCAAUAAGCACUAUUGUUCUGUUGUCAGUAUAAUACUGAAAGAAAUGCAAAAUUUAUUAUUUAAAUGAUCACAGAAUGAAAUAAAUUACACAAUAUAAUGGGACAAUAUUUUCAUGUUGCACAUCUUUUAGUUGUCUCAGUAAAUGGUUUCAAUAUCUGUAUACACAAUUUAUAGUUGGUUAGAAGUUUUUAAGUCAUUGAAAUUUGGAGCUAUUGAAAUUGAAAAUAUUGUCCCAUGUACAGUGCCUGUACAAGUAUUCAUACCCCUUUAUUUAUUCCAUAUUUUGUUGUGUUACACUCUGAAUUCAAAAUGGAUUAAAUUGUUUUUCCACUUACCCAUCUACACACAAUAUCCCAUAAUGAAAAAGUGCAAACAUGUUUAUUAAUGUUUUCACAUUUAUUCUGAAUGAAAUAUGGAAAUCUAAUUUGCAUAAGUAUUUAAAACCGAGUCAAUACUUUGUAGAAGGACCUUUGGUGGGGAUUACUUGCACAUGUCUGUAACAGCUUUGCACAUCAGGAUUUAGCGAUUUCUCCCAUUCUCCCUUGCAGAUUUUCUCAAGCUCUGUUAAAUUAGAUGUGUAGCAGCGGAGAACAGCAAACUUCAAGUCUUUCCACAAAUGUUCAUUGGGAUUCAGGUCUGGGCUUUGUCUGGGCCACUUAAGGACUUUCACAUUCUUGUUCUAAAACCAUUCCAGUGUUGAUUUGGUUGUAUGCUUGGAGCCAUUGUCCUGUUUUAAUUAAAAUAUUCACCCCAUUCUAAAGUUGUUUGCACUCUGAAGCAGGUUCUCAUCAAGGAUUUGCCUGUAUUUGGCUCCAUUCAUUGUUCCCUCUAUCCUUACCAGUCUACCAGUCCCUGUCGCUGAAAAGCAUCCACAUACAGUAGUAUGAUGCUGCUACCACCAUGCUUCACAGUAGGGAUGGGAUUAGACGGGUUAUGAGCUGUGCCUGCUUUUCUCCAGAUAUAGCACUUUGCAUUCAGGCCAAAGAGUUACAUUGUUGUCUCAUAGAACCCCUGAAUCUUUAGUCUUUUGCUCUUGGAGUCUUUCACGUGCCUUUUUGCAAACUCCAGGCGUGCUGUCGUGCGUUUUUCUCAGGAGUGGCUUCCGUCUGGCCACUCUUCCAUAAAUGUCAGAUUUGUGAAGUGCUGUAGAGAUUGUUGUCCUUCUGGCAGGUUCUCCCAUCUCAGCCAAGGAACUCUGUAGUUCUGUCAGUGUGGUCAUUGGGUUCUUUGUCACCUCCCUGACCAAGGUCCUUCUUGCCUGGUUGCUCAGUUUGGUCUGACGACCAGCUCUAGCCAGUCUGGGUAGUUCCAUAUUUUUUGAAUUUCCCAAGGAUGGAGACCACUGUGUUCUUCAAACCCUUCAACAGUCUAUAAAUUGUUUUAUCCCCUUCCCCAGAUAUAUGCCCCAUCACAAUUCUAUCUCAGAGAUCUGUGGUCAGUUCUUUGGAGUUCAUGGUAUAGUUUCUGGUCUUACAUGCGCUGUCAACUGUGGGACCUUAUAUAGACAGGUGUGUUUCUUUCUAAACUGAACAAAAAUAUAAAUGAAACAUAUAAAGUGUUGGUCCCAUGUUUCAUGAACUGAAAUAAAAGAUCCCAGAAAUGUUUAA